AUGUCACCCAGCAAGUAUAUCUUGUCACCUCCAGAAGAUCUUCAUCCGUAUAUCGCAAGACAUUCUGACCGCAAUGAAGAUGAAGUCCAUUUCAGAAAUGAAAGACGAUAUUUUACACCUGAGACAAGUGAAUCAGAACAAUUUGACCCUGUAUACCCAGAUUUUGAUAGAUGGAAACAUAGACCCGAGGAGGAUCAGAUAUUCAUGAAUUUUGUUUCGAAGGGUUACUAUACAACAUCAAAAGUUAACUUCGAGAGUAUAUCUGCCAGAUCCUCCUUACACGAAUCACUACCAAAGAUUUCAGAGCAACUUGGAGUCCAAUUUUCUAAAAUAUUACAAAUCAGAGAGGGUGAGAUUAAUAAGAUCCCUGCCACAGUACCUGCACCAAAUGGUUCAUCAAAUGAACAACUUUUCACAACAAAUAAAAUAUAUGACCUGGCCGGUCCAGGUUUUGCGCUUCCAACUAGGGUCACACUAACUGAUAAUAGGAAAGAGGCCUGGUUACAUGAUUUGAGCAAACCUUACGUUUCGUUACAUAAUGUGUCCAAAUACAUUCCUCAUGGUUUGAAAAGGAAAAGAGUCAUUGAACAAUGUUACAAAAAACAAAUCCCUUUAAAGAGAGCCAUGUGGUUGAUAAAAUGUUGUUUUCUAAUUGAAAUACAACAAUCAAAGUCCAAACAUUCUGGUAAUUUCAUAAAAUCACAUACAUCUCCCACAGUACGAUCACCAACUAAUGCUAAUAACAAUAUUGAAUCUACUAAAAUACACAUUUUGAAAGAAUGGACAGAAAGCUUCAUUAAUAUAUUAGAAAAAUUGAUCUUUGAGAUGAACCAAUACUAUAAUGAUGCUGAUAAAUUAAAAAUAUGGAAAGUUGAAAUAUCAUAUUUCUUGAAAUUAUUAGGAAAUUGUUACUCAGUUAGUUUAUUGGAUAAGAACAUAUUUCACCGUUGGCUUGUUGAAUUCGUCUCAAAGGUGGAAAAUUUUGAAUUUUUACCAAUAACGCUACAUAUAUUGAUGACAUUCUGGGAUAAUAUAACUAAUAUCAAUCAAAACGCCAAUCAACUAAAAUGUAGGAACUCUUCAAAUUUUUUACUGUCGAAGAUCACCGAUAUGUUAUUGCACAAAUAUUACGUUGUUUCUAAUGCAAAAUCUAUGAUUAAUGAUGAAAGAUACAUAAUAAAUGAUAUUAAAAAAAAUAACAAAUUGAAGGACUCGAUUUUAGCUAUUUUAACUACCAUGAUUAUCAAACUGUUCAGAGAACAAUCCCUCGAAGUAUUUUUGUUUCCACCAUCUAGUUGGGAACUAUACAAGCCAUGUCUUUAUGAAAUUGUCAACAAGAGCCAAUUUAUUGAGAAUGCUGAUGAAAUUCGGAAAAUUCUUGAGUUGAUUAGUUAUAGAAAUGAAACUCUAAAGAAUACUACUCUAAUAACGGAGGAAAAAGUAAGUUCAAAUGAUGAAAAUUUUUCCAACCAUCAUGACCAUUAUUUUCAAUGGUCCCAAAUCCAACAUGAUAUAAAAGUAAUCAGAAUUUCACAUAUAGAUACCAAAUUCACUACCUUAUUAGAUGAUAACACCACUGAAUUUGACUGGACGCAAUACAUUGAACGUGAUCCACUGAAUAAAUCACAGAUCAUACAAUUAGUACUAUGGUCUAUCCAUCCAUCUCGUCUAUCUCAUUAUGAGUCCAACCAAUUAGUUGCCAAAUUACUUUUACUUCAAAUUAACUCAUUUGAUGGGUUCCCAGAAUAUGAAAUCGAGGAUACUCUAUGGUCAUUAAUUUUCCAAAUUGCAAAAUUAGAUUCACAAAAUCUCGGAAAUAUGAUCCAUUUGGAGUCAUUAUACCUACUUCUGAAUAUUUUAAUCACUUAUGGAAUUAUCAAAGUUUCAACAUAUGUCAGAAAAUUAAUUAGUUCUGGUAUUAUGUACUUACAGGAUUCCAACGAUAAAUUCUUCCAUGUUGUCUUGUUGAUAAAUCUGAAGAUAUCUCCCUUAAUGAAAACUCAGUAUAAUAUGGUUUUAAGAAACGUUAUGGAAUUUGACCCCUAUUAUUUUGAGAACUAUAGUUUUGAUCAAUUAGCGAUUAAAAUUGACAAUAUAAAGGAAAGUAUAUCAGGGAAUUUAUUUGAUGAUGGCCAGUCUAUCAAUACAGUCAAUUUUGACGAAAUUAAUUUACCAUUGGGAGGUAAAAUUAUGUUAGCUGAAUGGUAUUUAAACCAUAUUUGUUCAAAUACAUCAUUACAACCUAUUAAUCGGGAAACACUAUUCAAUAAUUUCAAGUUUUUUUGCUUGAAUCUCAAGGUUUCGCAUCAUUUCUAUAAAUGGUGUGAGUUUAUUGUAUAUCACCAAUUAUUAAACGAUAUCGAAACUAUGGCUUUAUUAAUUGAUAUUUUGGUCAGUUUCCAGAAAUUGUUUUCACAAUAUAUUAAUGACCAUGUCCUCUUUAUGAAAACAUUUUUAUUUAUAUAUACAAAAAUUCUAAGGGAAACGGAUAGCGUCAAUUUCCAAAUUGUUUCAUUUAUGUCAUUUUGGAAAUUCUUCAUGAAAACUUUCCCAAUGGCUCUUACAAUUGACACUGAUCUAAGGAACGACUUAUCUGCCAUUUACGAAGAAGACAAAACAAAACGUUUAGCGCUAGAACAAAGUAAAGACCUGGUACAACAGUUGUUUGAUGCACUUUCCCAGAACAAAUCGUCCAUUACGAAUUUGAAUUUUGCCGAAUUGUUUCAAAAUAAUACGAAAAGUUUACUUUCUUACAAAGUCCAGCGGUCAUUAGAAGAUUUUAAGAGAGCCAAAUCUGUUUUAACAUUAUUAAAAUCAUCUUCCUUGCAUGAUUACAAUAAAUUUAUGUCCAUUUUUUUAAAGAGAAAAAAUUAUAGUGAUACAGAUUUGAUAUGCUUAAUAUCGAAUAAACUAUUAUCACUUGAACAAAUAAAGACAACACUUGGAGGCACAUGGAUAAUGAAACUUUUAGUAUACUUAGAAGAAAAAGCUGAAGAGUUAUUCACUGAGGAACAUACUCAUUUUAUAAACACUAUUUACUAUGAACACUGUAUGAUUGACUACGUGAGGGCCAAUUUUAAAACCGUCUUAACACUGUGUGACUUGAAAGAUAAUGGUCAGUACAAAUUGUUUACCAGAAUGCUCACAAAGUAUGGUCCUUCAACCAAAUUUGCAGAAAUUUCUGCAGAUGUAAUCAUUCGCUUACUAAAUGACCACUCAGAAGAGACUAAUCACAUUUUGGGAGAUUUACUUCAAUAUAAAGGGGCGAUAAAGGAAAAUACCCCUGUUAAUGGUGAUAAUGAAUUGAAUGAAACAGAAAGUGAAGAUGACACAUCAAUGAGUACAGAAACUGACUAUGAACUUUUUGGUCUUUUAGAUUUCACCAAUUUAUGGAUAUUUCAAGCAUAUACGCUUUAUAAUAUCGACCAAAUUAAGGUCCAAGAUAACUACGGUGAUAAAUUAGCAAAAUUUAUAUUUGAUAUUAUUGAGUUUACCCAGAAUGAUACUAUAUGCUCGAAAAUAUUCGAUAGAGUUAGUGAUAUUAAAGUCACCGCAGAAAUCAUCGAAAUAUUCGAAAAGAGUCUGUUCGAUCAAAUACUGAUGAACGUCGAAAUUCCUCGGAAUUAUCUAGUAAUAGUCAUAGAGUCUAUCAUUGCACUAUCGAAGAAGAAUACAGAGGUCACUUCCACCACAUUGGAAAUGUCUGACGACUCGAUAAAACUUCUUGUGUCCAUCAUCUCUUUUUUCAAUAAUAUGGAUGAAUUUGCACUAGGUGAGAGGGAAUCUGUUAUGGAUGUAGUUAUGAAAAUUUUCACAAUUCACCAAGCAUAUAUCUUAAAAUAUAUUGUGGAACACCUACAGGACAAAUCGACUGCCGGUGAAAUGAAAACUCUUAUCAGUAACAUGUUGUGUCUAUUUCAAAAACUAUCCUUCAGUCUCCGGUUAAAACUUAUCCUCUACGAGAUUUUGUCGUCAUUAAAAUCUUACAGCAUAUACAUAGCUACUUCGGAUGGAGAACAUGACGCAGUGGAGAACUUCGAUUCUAUAACUCCGCUAUCCUCGGGUAAUAGCAGUGGAAAUCUCUAUUCUUCUUGCAAAUCGCACACUUUCGAUGUUCCGAAAGAACUAUUGAAACUACCUCCAUUGCAAGUCUCAUCAUUUACCACUAAACCAACUGAAUCUAAAACAAACGUAACCACUCCAAUAGGAAUAACCCCAAUGAAUGCAGAACGUGAAUCCAGUAAAGGUGACAUAUUCAAUGAACAAGAGAAAGAACGAUGGUUCAUUUAUGACAAGAAAACUCGCACAUAUAUUUCCAAGCUUAAGACGCAGGCUUACUACAAUAUUAACAGUUAUCAAACAGACCAGGACCCUAUUAAAUCAAUCAACAAUGCGUGCUAUAACCUCUCUUUAUUUGAUGCAAGCUUCGAAAAUAAGAAUCCAGCAUAA